UCGGAACCGUUUUAUGACUGCAAAACAUUGUUGUACAUUUAAGAUACAGGGCAAUACUCGAGCGUGUUAAAGUCAAACUCGACCUGCUUCGUUGCUAGCAAGCUACGCUACAUAUUUAGCAAGCUAGCUUGCUAGGUCAAGUGUACUGUAGCUAGACAACAACAUUAGCCUCUUGCAAACAUGGCUGCGAUGAGAGCUUCCUAUCACAAGCUCCUGGACAAGAUCGGGCUUAUUUUGCCAGCCAAACUGAGACCUCUCUACAAUCACCCUGCAGGUAAUGUAAAUGCUAUUAGACUGUGUGACAGCCAGCGUUAGCCAUGGAUUAUCAUUAGCUACUGGUGUCUAGACCACAGUGGAGGCUGGUGACUUGAAAAAUUGAGGAGGAUGGGAAGCCCACGUUAUAGGCGCUGACAGCACGGAGACAACGUUUGUUGAAAAAAGUCAAAUACGAAUUAUUUUAACCUAAAACAUUUCAAGACAUUUAUACUAUAGUAAAAUAUUAUGCUGAAUGAGAGGGCUACUUACAGUGUUGGGAAGGGUAUGAGGCAUGUGUUCUUCAGAGGCUUGACUUCAGUGCAUGAUAAGGGUUGAGGUGUUCAGAGUCUAGGCUUUAGUUCAGGACAGGCUCCUCAUGGAUGGUGUUGGAGAAGAGCUCAACUCUUCCACUGAGGGCAGGACAGGAUUUGACUGGGAAGACAAAAAGACAUAACACAAGACCUUUAGACAAAAGAGCUAAGAAUGAUUUAGCCUAGUCCAAGAAAGGAUUAAAAUCACAUUGUGUAAUAAUGCGAUUGUGUAUGUGAUUGACAGGGCUACUCACAGUGCUUGGAGAGGAAACAUUCAAUGCGCCAGUGGAUGAGAGGGCACAUGAGACAUGGCUUCAGUUGAUGUCAGGAGAGAGUUUACAAUGGUAGUGGAGUGGUCAUCACCUCUUAAUCAGGGAACAGGAGGGGAUUUAGCUGUAAAUACAAACAGCGGGUACAUUCCAUUAGUUGCACCAUCGUAAGUUUGGGCAACAAGUUUCUCCAUGAAGUUAAACUCGGACAUCUCAGAAUUCACAAAGUCAAACACAGACUGAGUAUUUCGCCCACUUGACACAUCAAAGUAGCAGAAGAAACGUUCCUGAAUAAAGCCCUGAUCAUCCACAUACCUGACAGUAACUGACAACUGCGAGCGACAGCUGAUGUCUGUGAUUUCAUCCAUUUGCAAAAACAAAUUAUACGCCAACCUCUUUUAAUGGAUGAUGUGAUGGAAGCUAUCAAAAUAAUUAGUCAACAAAAAAUCCACUACAUUAUCGUCAGUGUUAGCUAGCCAUUCUGGUGGAGAAAACUGCACUCUGUAGCUAGCUAGCGUCUUGCUACUAAAGUUAUCAAGGCAAAUUGAAAUACAUUGCACUAACUGGACACAUUAUGUUCUAAAACCAAGAAAACAAUAUAUAAUCUACCUCUGUCUCCUGUAAUUUGAAGAAACUAAUUUGAAUUGUAUAAUAUCCAAAAAAUGCUCAAGUGUCUUAAUCUGUCCAACAAUGUCACCAACUCACCAAGCUUCUAAAUUACAUGCGCACACACUUUGAUUGGAUUGACAACAUGUCAGUUCAUACUGCAAAAGCUUUGAUUGGUUGGAGGAUGUCCUCUGGAAGUCGUCAUGAUUACCAUGUAGGUCUAUAGCCCUAUUCGCACGGGACUUGUAUUACUAUAGAACGUCGGUUAUGUAAUUAUUACCCCAGCAGGUACAUUUUUCCAGUGGACGAUUCGGACAUGGAUUAGUUUUACCAAACUGCCCCUGUAAUUAUUUGUUUCCCUCGUUCAAAAUUGACCGUUAUGACGGAAGCCUCGAGGCUCUUCUAGGCGUGAAGAUAUUUCAAAUGUCUAGGGAUAGCCUAAUAUUGGCCUAAUGGCCUUCAGUUCGGAGAAAGUCAAAAUAAUAAUGCAUAUCAGUAAGAACCAUGAACAGUAACCUAUGCAGACAUUGAAUUACCUGACGUAUUUGACAAUUUAUCAAUUAAUUGGCACAAUAUCGUCCACUUCAUAUUUUAAAUGAGAAGAAUGGCAUUAGGAAAGUUUGUUACAAAACAGUUAAUUCAUCUGUAGGCUACGUGCAUAGCACUUUGUUUUAAGCAUCAAUUUGUUACCAUGUUCUUACCCAAACUGGGUGCAGCACCUGUUAAACUCUGUAAUAUCCCUCAAAACACACGAAUUAAGCACGGGAUAAGUAUUAUCAGGGGACCUGGGAGUUUGCCAAAAAACAGUAGGUUGUUAGGGCUAGGAUAAUAACCUUCCUGCCAAGUAAAAAUUACUGACAUGGUAAAUUCGGACGGGACUGAAAUGACGGAUGUGGUGAUUUGUGAUCGUGCACAUUAUUACAUUACCUGAGCUCCCCCAGUAAAUAUUAUCCCAUCCGAAUAGGGCUUAUGGAAGGGGGUGAGGAGCACGAGCCUCGUGUUUUAUUUAUUUAUUGAAGUCAAUGUAGCCAGAGUACAGAAAAUAGAUGUCUUCCGGCAACACCAUGCGCUACCUUAGAGGGUGCUGUUGAGACUACGGUAGACCCUCAUUGCAAAAGUGUUUUAAUCAGGUAUUUGGUGAUGUGAAUAUAUUUGUGUAGUUUUAUCUAAAAAGGACACUUUACAUUUAAAUUUGUUAUUUUUUAAACAUUUUCUGAAAUUCACUAAGUAGGAUGGUUCUCCCUUUCCUCUUCUGAGUAACCUCCAUAGUCUUGGAAACCAGACCCUAGGCCAGAGCAUUUGAGAAUUGUGGGAGGCUACACGGAUGUCUAGCGAGACUGAUGACCGCUGUUGUUGCUGAAGUGGCCUUGCUUAGUGAUUGAUGUCAAAAUACCUUGCUGAAUCUUUUGAUGUAUGCAACCAAUAGCUACUAUUAUCGCCACUCUUGCUUAUCUUAGUGUUUUAAACCCAAACAAAUGGCAAAAUACAGAUUUGGAGCCUCUAAAUCUGUAAAGAGCUAGCUAGCACCAGCCAACUGCUUUUCAGAUUAGUUAUCCCAGUGUGUACAUAUUAUGGUACACAGUAGCUGGCUGCAUGAGUGGGGUUGCAGCGCAGACAUGGACAUCAUUGGUUGCAGGUCACGUGUAGGUUUGUGUAUGUGAGAGGGAUUUUUGGAAUGCAAUAGGGCAACUCCACUGUCACAGAGUGAUGCUGAGACUUAGAUGUUUCACUUUAAAAUGUAUGUCAAACAAAAAACGACGAUUGCAAAGUUAAACAAACCAUACAACUAUAUGCAAAGACUACUUUUAACAAUUUCCACUGAAAUUGGAAAUAGUUUGUGCUGUCAUUCUGUUACUAAACUUUGCAUCUGCAGGUGUUUUUCAAGUAAAUGUUUUUCUAAAAUUUUCGGUGGAAAUUGUUAAAAUAGUCCUUGUGAAUAGAGCUGUAUGGUUUGAUCAACUUUGCAGUGAUUGGUUUUUGUUUGACAUAUACAUUUUAAAGUAAAAUAUCUGAGUCAGCAUCACUCUGUUACUGUGGAAUUGCCCAAUACCAAAGAGAUUGGUAGCUAAGUGUAGCAUUUUCAGCAUUGGCAUGGUUCCUCACAGAAUGAGUGGUUUAAUGUUUUCAAGGAAGUUGGGAGCAAGCUCCUUGUCAUCAUUUGUGGUCUUUGAACACUCACCUACACCAGUAUAUUUAGCUACAGCUGUUACUAACCUUUGUCCUUACAAAAUCUGAUAUUUUUUCUAUAACCUGUGUAUAUCUUGGGAGAGGACAGACUCACCAUUGUGCACAGGUGAUAAGAUGUGUUAUAUGUUCAAGGGCAAGGUAAAUGCUUCUAAGUGAUGACCUUCAGCUUAUGGUGAAUCAUUUCUAUCCUGAUGGGAGUGGAUGACAGUGUACCCAUCCACAGGGCACGAGUGGUCACUGAAUGGGUUUUAUGAGCAUGAAAACGAUGUAAACCAUAUGCCAUGGCCGUCUGUCACCAGAUCUCAACCUAAUCGAACACUUAUGGGAGAUUCUGACGCGGUGCCUGAGACAGCGUUUUCCACCACCAUCAACAAAACACCAAAUGAUGGAAUUUCUCAUAGAAGAAUGGUGUUGCAUCCCUCCAAUAGAGUUCCAGACACUUGUAGAAUCUAUGUCAAGGCGCAUUGAAGCUGUUCUGGCGGCUCGGGGUGGCCCAGCGCCCUAUUAAGACACUUUAUGUUGGUGUUUCCAUUAUUUUGGCAGUUACCUGAAUGUGCCUUCGGCAGACAAAUGUUGUAAAGGGCCAAAGCUGUAACACUGGUAUAACCUGUUGCAUAGCAUCCUAUGUAGGCCUAUCUGGUGUGUAUAUUUUGCUGAACAGCAUGCUGCUCUGUUGUGGUUAUCACUAAUAGUUGCAUGCUGCCAAUGUUACUUUUUUUUAUAUAGGAGGGGGAAACCUUGCACAGAUCUUUUUUUUUUCUUCAAUGAAUUCCUCAUUAUCAGGACCUUAUUGUGGCAGCCUAGCAUGACCAUGGCUUGAUCUAUCAUCUUAUUCAUGGGGUGUGAGAUGUUUCUUAGGAGAGGUCAUUCAGCCUACUUUGGUUACCAAUGGGGUAGAUGGUGAUAGCGGAACAAUUAAAAUAGUUAAGCCUACCAAUCCACAACCAUCAGUCAUAUGAAGUAUUAGGUGUCGAAGAUUUCCCUGCCCUGAACUAAGUCAGAGGAAUAGUCAGUGCAAUGAUGUUUCAUUUAGUGUGCCUCUGACAUAGCUCUAACUGACCUCUUGAUCAGGAUGUACAGUGGGGAAAAAAAGUAUUUAGUCAGCCACCAAUUGUGCAAGUUCUCCCACUUAAAAAGAUGAGAGAGGCCUGUAAUUUUCAUCAUAGGUACACGUCAACUAUGACAGACAAAAUGAGAAAAAAAAUCCAGAAAAUCACAUUGUAGGAUUUUUAAUGAAUUUAUUUGCAAAUUAUGGUGGAAAAUAAGUAUUUGGUCAAUAACAAAAGUUUCUCAAUACUUUGUUAUAUACCCUUUGUUGGCACUGACACAGGUCAAACGUUUUCUGUAAGUCUUCACAAGGUUUUCACACACUGUUGCUGGUAUUUUGGCCCAUUCCUCCAUGCAGACCUCCUCUAGAGCAGUGAUGUUUUGGGGCUGUCGCUGGGCAACACGGACUUUCAACUCCCUCCAAAGAUUUUCUAUGGGGUUGAGAUCUGGAGACUGGCUAGGCCACUCCAGGACCUUGAAAUGCUUCUUACGAAGCCACUCCUUCGUUGCCCGGGCGGUGUGUUUGGGAUCAUUGUCAUGCUGAAAGACCCAGCCACGUUUCAUCUUCAAUGCCCUUGCUGAUGGAAGGAGGUUUUCACUCAAAAUCUCAUGAUACAUGGCCCCAUUCAUUCUUUCCUUUACACGGAUCAGUCGUCCUGGUCCCUUUGCAGAAAAACAGCCCCAAAGCAUGAUGUUUCCACCCCCAUGCUUCACAGUAGGUAUGGUGUUCUUUGGAUGCAACUCAGCAUUCUUUGUCCUCCAAACACGACGAGUUGAGUUUUUACCAAAAAGUUCUAUUUUGGUUUCAUCUGACCAUAUGACAUUCUCCCAAUCCUCUUCUGGAUCAUCCAAAUGCACUCUAGCAAACUUCAGACGGGCCUGGACAUGUACUGGCUUAAGCAGGGGGACACGUCUGGCACUGCAGGAUUCGAGUCCCUGGCGGCGUAGUGUGUUACUGAUGGUAGGCUUUGUUACUUUGGUCCCAGCUCUCUGCAGGUCAUUCACUAGGUCCCCCCGUGUGGUUCUGGGAUUUUUGCUCACCGUUCUUGUGAUCAUUUUGACCCCACGGGGUGAGAUCUUGCGUGGAGCCCCAGACGAGGGAGAUUAUCAGUGGUCUUGUUUGUCUUCCAUUUCCUAAUAAUUGCUCCCACAAUUGAUUUAUUCAAACCAAGCUGCUUACCUAUUGCAGAUUCAGUCUUCCCAGCCUGGUGCAGGUCUACAAUUUUGUUUCUGGUGUCCUUUGACAGCUCUUUGGUCUUGGCCAUAGUGGAGUUUGGAGUGUGACUGUUUGAGGUUGUGGACAGGUGUCUUUUAUACUGAUAACAAGUUCAAACAGGUGCCAUUAAUACAGGUAACGAGUGGAGGACAGAGGAGCCUCUUAAAGGAGAAGUUACAGGUCUGUGAGAGCCAGAAAUCUUGCUUGUUUGUAGGUGACCAAAUACUUAUUUUCCACCAUAAUUUGCAAAUAAAUUCAUUAAAAAUCCUACAAUGUGAUUUUCUGGAGAAAAAAAAUCUAAAUUUGUCUGUCAUAGUUGACGUGUACCUAUGAUGAAAAUUACAGGCCUCUCUCAUCUUUUUAAGUGGGAGAACUUGCACAAUUGGUGGCUGACUAAAUACUUUUUUCCCCCACUGUAAGCACUGUGGUUAUGUCAGUUAAAGGGCAAUUCCACCACUUUUCAACCUCAUGUUCAUUAUCUCCAGCACAAUACCAGUGUCUACAUAUGUGAAAAUGGCAGAUUUACGUUUUGUAUAAACAAAUAUAUAAAGUGAAAAGAUUAAUACCCGAUGACGACAUCAAAAGUUACAACAUUUAAAAAACUGAUUUUCAAACACUGAGAUUCGCGGUGACUUAGGGAGCAAGAAAAUACCCUCCCUCUGGCUAGAAACUCAUUGCAAAUUUAGAAAAUCACUGUUUUUCUUAAUUUUAAUCCUAUACUGUGAUGUCACAGAGAAUAAUGUUUUAGGACCAUUAUUCUUUUUAACCACAGAUCAUAGAAACGUGCAGUUUUCACAAAUGUAGACACUGGUAUGGUGCUGAAGAUAAUGGAGCUGAGGUUAAAAAGUGGCGGAAUUGCCCUUUUAAAUGAGUCUAUGGUAGUGGUAAAAGAGUGCUUCAUGGAAGAUUAUCGUAUGUUAUAACAUUGUUGUGACAACACUAACUUUUUUACAAAGUAUUGUCUGAUAUUUUUUCUGUUCUGUAACAUUUUCUCAUGGAUUGUGUCUUCUCUUCUCUCAUUCCAGGUCCAAGGACUGUUUUCUUCUGGGCCCCAAUGUUCAAAUGGGUAAGGGCUGCAUUUGCUAAACUUGAGCUAUUGCCUUACGUAAACAUGUAGGAAGGUAUUGUCUAAUGAAACUAAUUCCAGGUCACAUGCAUCUCUUCAUCUAUAUAGGGGCUGGUUGGGGCUGGUCUGGCAGAUAUGAGUCGACCAGCCGAGAAACUGAGUCUUUCCCAGUCUGGUGUACUGACAGCCACAGGUAUAGUGGAGUUACUAUAUUCUUCAGUGAGCAACAGGUAUAGUUUUAAAUUAAUCCUGUAUUCUUUAGUCAAACAACUUCACUCCUUGACUAAUCCCAUUUCCCACUUUCUCAGGUCUGACCUGGUCCAGAUACUCUUUGGUCAUCAUUCCAAAGAACUGGAACCUCUUCGCUGUCAAUUUAUUUGUGGGUAGUGCUGGAAUAUCCCAGCUCUACAGGAUCUUCCAGUAAGUGAACCUCUCAGAGCACAUAAAUGGAAUGAAGACCUAUUGAUUGGGCAUUGCCAUAAACAGCCCCAGUAAAUGUUCUAUCCUUGUUGAUUCCUAAAUAAUUAAUCUGAAGGCUCAUAAACUGUUGUAACUAAAGGUCUGUGUUUUAGUUUCUUUGCUUUCUUAAUAUUUAGCUUUAUUUCCUUGGAAGUAUAUGAGGGCAAAUGUAUUAGAAUAAGUUGACAUAAACCUACUUUUUUUUUUUUUUUCGUCUGUUGCCUUAUCCCACACUAUAGGUAUGAGCAAGGGAAGAAGACACUAGCAAAGGAGGCUCACCCUGCAGAGUGUUGAGUGUCACCAAUCCAACUCCCUGGAUCGAAAGGGAGCCUCAUCACUGGCACAAACCCAGCCCCUCCACCCUCGUUCAAUUUUACAGUAGAAAAAAAACAAUGUUCCUUGCUGAAGUUCAUGUAAUUUGCCUGCAUUUCUUCAGGUUUAUAAUGGCAUAUUAACCCUUACCAAAACACACUCAAAUGGUUGUCAUCUAUGCACAAUAUGUUGUAUUUUGAAGUUUUACUUAAUGCGACAAGUUGUAUGAUUGUAUAUUAAUUUAAGAAUAUACACAUUUCAUUAUUAAUAUUUAUAAUGCAUUUUUUGGGAAGAUGUAGCUUUUUUCCAAACUUUUUUUUUUGUAGUCAUGAUACCUCAUGGAGUGGUUUCCUAAGAAUGAAGAUCUUGAAUCUGUGUUGAAUGUGGUUAAAAGGAAUGUCUCCAAGUAUUUAUUUUAUUAGACGUGUCACUUUUUCAUACCACAUGCUUAUCAACUAUUUAUUAAAUCAUUUUGGUAACUAUUUCUACAUUCAUACCUGAAGGAUGAUUAAGCCAUACACGCAUGCCAUGUGGCUGACUGUUCCUUCAACGUGUUGUAAUUGCUUUAACCAAUAUCAGGUAAAAAACAUUUAAUAUAGUAGCUUUUAACUGUAGAUCUAGUGUAAAUGGCACCCUGCCUAUUGCUAAUAGUAACAUGAAAUCACCAGCUUUCUUUCCCUGAUCGUUUGGUAAUGUUAGGUGUUGCGGUCUUUGGGGCUGAAUCUAGUGUGGUACUUAGAGCCAAUAAGGAAAACUUUAGGGAUACAAUGCAUAUAGAAAGUCUACACCCCCUUUGGAUUUCUUCACAUUUUGUGUUACAAAGUGGGAUUCAAAUGGAUUGAAU